CUCGGAGCUCGAUCACAUUUGACUGCUUUCUACACAUGUAUGUGUACUAUAUAGGGCUGACUGUGAUUUCAGAGUCAUUUGAGCGUGUUUUGAUGAUGUAUGACGGACGGUCCCAUCCAUUCGUCCAUGAACUGAGUUUAUCAAGAGUUCAGCGGAUUCAGGGAAUCAUUAUAGGCUCUGUUCUGUUUCCUGUUCGCGUUACUCUCGCCACCCUCUUCUUCCUGCUGGCGUGGCCCUUCGCACGACUGCGAUUCGCCGGCCUCUCGGAGUCUGAGCGGGCGGAGCCUGUGCAGGGGUGGCGUCGGUGGUUCUUCCAUCACAUCAUCCUCUUCCUCAGCCGUGCGAUCUUCUUCUCUGUGGGUUUCCUGUGGAUUAAGGUCAAAGGGCAUCAGGCGGGUCUAAAGGAAGCUCCUGUGUUGGCCGUGGCACCUCACAGCAGUUUCCUGGACAUGCUGAUUCUGUGCGUGACGGGUCUACCGACCGUAGUGUCCCGUUCAGAGAACGCCAAACUACCCGUUAUUGGAGCACUUAUGGAGUUCAAUCAGUCCGUGUUAGUGAGCAGAAAAGAUCCUGAAUCCAGAAAGAAAUGUGUGUCUCAGAUCCGAGAGAGACUCACAUCUAACGGCCACUGGCCUCAGAUGUUGAUGUUCCCAGAAGGAACUACGACUAAUGGACACGCUCUGAUCAAAUUCAAACCAGGUGCUUUUCUGGCUGGUGUUCCCGUUCAACCCGUGUUGCUUCACUAUCCUAAUAAACUAGACACCGUUCGCUGGACUUGGAAAGGAACGACUUGGUUUAAAGCACUGUGGCACACGACCUCUCAACUCUACACCAGCGUUACUGUAGAGUUCAUGCCAGUCUACACACCAUCACAGGAAGAGAAGCAGAACCCAGACUUGUAUGCCGAGAACGUACAGAAACUCAUGGCCGAAGCUCUGGGUGUUCCUGCUACAGAUUAUGUGAUGGAGGGUAGUUUUCCAGUUCGAAAGCUCGGAAACAUCUCACUUCCACUGGAAUCGCCAGCUCAAGAGACCAUCCGACUGCUCCACCAGCACGGUCUUGGUAACGCUCGCAUAGAAACGGUGAUGAACAGCAUGAUUGACAGCUGUCACUCGGGGCAAAGCACUAUGGUAACAUCAGAUCACCUGACCGCUCUUUUGGGACUCGCUGACAAAAAUGCGGCAGUAAAGAUCUGCUCGUUGUACUCUAAGGAUGAGACUGUGGAUUUGAAACAGAUUUGUUUGAGUGUGUGCGCUGUAUCUGGAUUUAGAAGUCUGGAGUCACUCUUACACACUGCAUUCACGUGGUACGACAGUGACCAUGAUGGAUUGCUGAGCGCAGAUGAUCUGUCUUGCCUGAUGGGGGCGCUGAUGGGCAUUCCUCAGAAUGAUAUUGCGGAGAUCUACUCUGCGCUGACCACCAGGGGGCGACCUACAGAAGCUUCACUCCAAGACUUAUUGAUGACGCAUCCAAUCUAUUGUAAAGUCCUUACUGAUUAUCUUCACUUCGACACGUGUGUGACCGCUGAUGGGAAUCACAACCGGAUUGGAAAUGGGAAAGCCAACGGAAUUUAUAACGGUUAUAAGAAGUUUGACUAAGGAUCAUCUACAGAUGUCAACUCUUUUUGAAGGAUUGCAUUGGUCAGUAGCUGUAUCGUAAUACUCACGAUGAGUGUUCGCGAAUGUGCAAUGUAUUAUUGGCGACUGAGUGUUGGUAUUUGUCCAGUUGCAUAUUUGAUCAUGAUUGUAUGCACAUUAGCGUGUGCUUUUGAAGACAUUGAGUGAGACUGUGUAUGUUGAGUGUGCAGGGUAAAGUUUACAUUUAGUUUUUAUUUUACGUUCAUUUUUCUUAAUAUGGCUGUGAUGGAUACUGUGAGAAUAUAUUGUUAAACAUGGGCCUUGCAACAAAUACCUGUAUUUUUAAUGAUGUUAGAAGGAUUUUUUUUUACAUAUAUUUUUAAAUGUUUGAUUGUGUUUUUGGUCAUUUUUAAGCUACAGUAUAUUUACUUGAAAAGCAAAGAACUUUGUAUCACUAAUGAAUAUGUCAACUUGACAUUUUAUACUUAAAUAUAUUAAAAUUUCUAAAUGAUAAUCUCUGUUAUAGUAUAUCAAAUGUUUAUUAAAUAUUUCAGUGUAAAUAUUAGAAUCAUUGCAUAUUUAAUAUUUUGUUAUAAUAAUGGCAACAUAUACAUUUAAUUUUGUAACUAAAUCUGAUGCCUGCUUUGGUCCUUUUCUUAUAAUAUUAUAUUGUAAUACACUAUAUCAUUAUAUAAUAUGUAUAAUACAUAUUUUAAAUACUGUAUAACAGAUGUUUACAUGUAUUUACAACAUUUGAAUAUUAGUAAUGUAUAGACCUUCUUGUUCUGGCAUUUUACAAUAUAUUACAUAUAUACAUAUAUAACUGAUUUAAGGAAUAUUUUGGGUUCAAUAUAAGUUAAGCUAAAUUGACAGCAUUUUUGGCAUAAUGUUGAUUACCAUGAAAUGUAUCUCAACUCAUCCCUCCUUUUCUUGAAAAGAAAAAAAAGGCAAAAUCUGGGUUACUAUGAGACUUACAGUGAAAGUGAAUGGAGCUAAUCCUAAAAAUUAACCUCCUGACUGAUGUGUGCAUUUUUAUAUUUCCCUUCUUGAUUUGCAACUAGUAGCACCUAAUAAACAAGCAAAAAUAAAAAAUAAAUAAUUUUAAAGUGAAUAGUUUUACUAAUAAUGGAUGUCCUCAUAUGUGGCCAGCGGGAUUAAGUUGUACAAUUUUAAGUAAUACCAAAUACUAUUUUAUCAAAUAGUUUAUGAUGUUUCAGGAGUGUUAAUUAUUCAUGUUAUGAUCACAUCAUAAAUGAUCAUAAUUAAUUAUAAUUCAAAGUAACGUCCAGCAUCAUCCAAUCACUGUCAAUCAUGUUCAAA